CCGCUAUUCACUUGUUGUUCGACUGUACGCUUCAACCGCUGCUCUGGCCAAUCAUGUACGCAUCGACGGCAGGAACGACGGUUUGAGGAACUCUUUCGACUGUGCCAUGGACUUUUCCGAGUUUUUGCGCGGGCUUUCGCUCGACUCCGACGCACUGGAGAUGGUCUGAGCUGUUCGGUGUUGGGACGUCUUCGCGUGGUGCGACGAUGAGUGCGAUUAAAGUUGGCAUUCACAAAGGAGAGAAAUGAAUAAAUUUCGGUCAACGCCUGUAGCAGGUGAAUCAAUAUGGAGAAUUAUACAACAGAGUUUUCGCUACUUAAUAUAUUGGAUUCAAACAGGACAACUCCGAAAUACACACUCGGACCUGAAUUCUUUGCUCAAUGGAAGCGCGACAAAUUUUGCAAAACCGUCUACAGUGGUGUCCUGACUCUCACCGAGUGCCACGACCUGUUCAACCUGUCCCAGAACAACAUCCUGUGGGAAUCCGAGGAUCCUUUGAAUAUUUUCGAGGAUUCCAGCUGGGCCAAAGGCGGGCCGAGAAUAUUCAACAAUACCGACGAUUCGAACCGUACCGGCGGCCCGGAGAACGCAGACAAUACUUUAGCGCCUGUUUUAGCGCCAUUCAAAUUGUGGCAGACCAUUUUGAUAGCUAUAUCCUUGGGUAUUUGUAUAAUAUUAACGGUAGCGGGAAAUAUUCUGGUGUUGCUGGCAUUCAUCGUGGAUCGAAACAUCAGACAGCCUAGUAAUUAUUUCAUAGCUUCGUUGGCUUGCACUGACAUGCUAAUUGGAACAGUUUCAAUGCCUUUCUACACGGUGUACGUCCUGAUGGGCUAUUGGAAUCUGGGCCCUUUGUUGUGCGACCUGUGGCUUUCAGUAGACUACACAGUCUGCCUAGUAUCGCAGUACACCGUACUAUUAAUAACGAUAGAUCGAUUUUGCUCGGUUAAAAUAGCGGCGAAGUAUCGAAGUUGGAGAACGAAACAAAGAGUCAUCUGGAUGGUAACCAUAACGUGGAUUAUACCGGCGCUGUUAUUUUUUAUCAGCAUAUUCGGAUGGGAGCAUUUCACCGGCUACAGGGACCUCUUGCCCGGAGAAUGCGCCGUGCAGUUCCUAAAGGAUCCCAUUUUUAAUACGGCACUAAUUAUCUCGUACUAUUGGACUACGCUCAUCGUACUUUUUAUUCUAUACGGAGGCAUUUACAAGACGGCGUUCGACAUGCAGAAAAAGAGCGAGGCGAAGCAGCGCAAGAUGCAAUCCAUGGUGGCUUUGAGCGCCGGUGCCAUGAGCGGAAUGGCGGGUCGCGCGGCCGGCAUCGGCCUCUCCAAAACCCAAAGCAAUUCGGAAAGCCAGGAAAAACCGCCCCUAACUUUGCUCAACGCCUCCGUCGUCAAUGAGAAGCCCGACAGAAACACCUUGACCGUGCUGGACUCCUACAGGGCCGGCGGUUCGGCGGAUUCCAAUUCUAGUACUACAACUAACAGCGCUACCACUACCACAACCACUACGACCACGGCUUCGUCUGCUGAUAAGAAAAAUCUCUGUCCACCUAAAGGUAAAACGUCCGUGGUGCAGGAAAGUGGAGAUAAAUCGGAACGUUCCAGUAGUCCGGCGUUUGAGUCGGACGAAGACAGCACAGCUCCAGUUCAAGAGAAAGGAACCGAGGAAAAGAAGAAGGAAAAAGAGAAAACCCAAGCUGCAACGAACAAGAGAACGUCGAUAGUAGGAAUCGUAAUGCAAUCUAGUGCUCCGUUACACGUCUUCGGCGGUACUAGAGUCAAUGGGGAUCUUUCACCUGGAAAGGGAGCUGUCAAAAAUCAGGAACAAUUGCUUCGACCGCUUCCUCAGAAGCCUCAGCUUCUCCAAAUUACCGAACGCGAACCGCUAAUCGAUUCAAACAAAUCAAAACAUUAUACGGUAGGUGUAAAACCCCAGCCCGAACCCCCCUGUACCGCCAUUGUAAAUAGCAAAAGCUGCGAUAGUACCUUACAAGCCUCAGUAGAUAGUAAAAGCAAAAAACCCUCCAGUACGAAAUUGAAAGCCCAAUCUCAGAGUACCUACGACCUGUUAGUAGGUCUAGAUGGCGCAGAUUUGAAGUACAUGGACGAAAGCUCGGUAGUCGUACCCUCCCCGACCUUAGAGAAUCCCCAAUUGAGUAACUGUAGUUCCCCUCGAUUUGUGCAGGGUGAGCAAAAGAUGCAAACCGAGGUGACUAUCAGCGCCGAUCGGCCGGUGACCUCCGUGGUCGAAGACGACCGAACGGGGGAGAUAACCGAGGACAGUUCGCCCAUGGGAGGAAUCUCGGCCAUCAGCCAGACAGGUAAAAUCGCCCCCUACACCGCCGCCGCCUAUAACAAUCCGAAAUUUUGCGUAGAUUCGGUGGACAAUCCGAAACGAGUUUUCGUCAAAUCGAUAGGGAAACGACUCAAAGCCAAAAAGAAAACGUUAGGGCCGUUGGGCUUCGGGCGGCAGAAAUCCAAAUCGGAGAAUCGCGCCCGAAAGGCCCUGAGAACGAUCUCGUUCAUUCUGGGGGCGUUCGUGGUCUGUUGGACGCCGUUCCACAUAUUCGCGCUGGUCGAGGGGUUUUGCACCAAUCCGCCUUGCAUUAACGGCCACCUCUUUAUGUUCUCGUAUUUCUUGUGCUACGCGAAUAGCCCUUUGAAUCCCUUUUGCUACGCUUUAGCCAAUCAACAAUUUAAGAAGACUUUCACUAGGAUUUUGAAAGGGGACUUUCAUCUCACUUAAAAACGUUUUAGAAAACUACCUUCCUAACUCUCUGUAACGUGUCUAUUUGGAUAAGUAACUCUCUAGGACACCGAUAUUUAGUAAACCGAAUACUUGGAGAACUCUUCGAGUUUCUAGUAAUGUAAAAGAAGAUGCUUCCAAAAAAACUAUAAAUGAAAAUUUCCCACCUCAUUUUUUUAGUCAAUCUAGGUAGAUACUUUUUCAUUACCAAUCUAGGUAUGCGUACAAUAAAAUUAUGAAAAUUAAUGUUGAUGUAAUUUUGAAAGCAGCUUUUAUUCUCUCGUUGAGUUUUUUGUUGAUAAUAAAAUUUAGUCUAGGAAAAAUAGAUAGGUACUAGGAAAUUAAGUGUCUACGUUGCAACCUGGCUGUUAACCUAAACUUAAUUACGAAACCUUAUACCUACCUGGUACCUAUGAAUAAAAAGUUGUUAAAAUCGCACAAUUACUAAUAUGUCCCGUGGAAGUAAUAAAAUUCCAUGCCUUCGAAGGAUUAUCACAAAUAUUUAGUAAUUGUGCGAUAUUAUUGGGUAAAUCCAGUUCUAAGAACAUCUACCUAUAUCAAAAAGCACUGCUAUUAAAAAAACGGCGCUAAUUGUAAGAGAAAAAUCAAUAAUAUUAAUUAGUAAUAUAGUAAGAAGACAAUAAUAGAUAAUUCCGAAUUAGACUUUAAAUCAAAAUGAGCUUUAAUUUGAGAAAAUGAAAUAUUGUAAUCACAUCGGUUUGUUUGCAAUUUGAAAACUUACAAGUAAAUGUAUAUUUGUAUUGUAAUAUAAACGUAGGUAAGCUGUACAAUAUUUAGGUCUUACAAUAGCGAAAAGGAAUAAUUAGAUGUAAUAAAAGGUGAGAUCGGCAUGCUGUA